AUGACUCAAGGUUACAAAUUCGGAACUUUGGCAGUUCACGCUGGUGCUGAGCCAGACGUUUCUACUGGAGCAGUUAUCGAACCAAUCUCUCUAUCCACGACUUUUGCUCAGAAAUCUGCCGCUAAGCCUGUUGGUUCUUACGAGUAUUCUCGAUCUUCAAAUCCCAACAGAGAUUCUUUUGAAACAGCUGUAGCUGCUUUAGAGGGUGGUAAAUAUGCUCUUGCUUACUCAUCUGGUUCUGCGACUACUGCUAAUGUCCUCCAAUCUCUCGCUAUCGGCUCUCAUGUAGUUAGCAUUGGUGAUGUCUAUGGUGGUACCCAUAGAUAUUUCACCCGCGUGGCUGACAGCCAUGGUGUCGAGACUACUUUUACUAAUGACAUCUCUGCAGAACUGGCAGGUUUGAUCAAACCAGAGACUAGACUUAUCUGGAUUGAGUCCCCUUCUAAUCCCACUCUAACCAUCACCGAUAUUGCUUCGGUUGCUAAUAUUGUUGCUGAGGUCCGUGCUACUCGUGCUGAAUCUCAACCCUUGUAUUUGGUUGUCGAUAAUACGUUUUUGUCUCCUUACGUUCAGAAUCCUCUUCGCCUUGGUGCUGACUUGGUUGUUCACUCUGUCACCAAGUACAUCAACGGACACUCCGACGUGGUUAUGGGUGUUGCUAUUACCAAUAACGAAGUUAUUCAUGAAAAGCUGAGAUUCCUUCAAAAUGCUAUUGGCGCUGUUCCAUCUGCUUUUGAUUCUUGGUUGGCUCACCGUGGUUUGAAGACUUUGCAUUUGCGUGCUCGUGCUGCCUCCCAUAAUGCACAGGCUAUUGCUGAAGUCCUUGAAUCCCAUGUGGGCUCCUCAGUUGUUGCUGUUUCUUACCCUGGUUUGAAGUCUCACCCUCAGAGAUCGGUUGUUCAACGUCAGCACAGAGAUGGUCUUGGUGGAGGCAUGAUAUCCUUCCGUAUCCGUGGUGGGGCAGCAGCCGCAGACAAGUUCUGUCAGGAGACGAAGCUAUUCACAUUAGCAGAGUCUCUGGGUGGCAUUGAAAGUUUGUGUGAAGUUCCUGCUGUCAUGACUCACGCAGGUAUCCCCAGGGAAAAAAGAGAGGAGUCUGGAGUGUAUGAUGAUCUGAUUCGUUUGAGUGUUGGUAUCGAGGAGACUGACGAUCUCGUACAUGACGUUCUUCAAGCACUCGAAAAGGCUGCUGUUGUCAACUAG